GGGACGACGCGCUUUGACGCGUCUCCCUGACCACUUUUCUAAAUGAGCACCUCAGCGCUGGUUACCGGGGGACCAACCUCAUCCAAGUAGCACCUCCACCAUCACCAUUUCCAUUCUCGAUACCAUCAUUUCCCUGCACUACAAUCACGAGCAACAUAUAAUCAAAAAGUGGCAUCCAGGCAUAUACUCUCCUUCUCUUCUCUCUUUGAUAUGCCACCGGCCUAAACUCUUCUCCCGUCAUGUCUCAUAGAGCGCGGCUCGCUGAGCUCAAGGCUCUUCGAGAGUCCGGCAAGAAGGUCUUUGAUACUUACAAAGUUGCCGACGUCGACAAUUUAUACGACGAAGUUGACGAGGAUGGAUAUAAGAAGGUUGUUCGGGAACGAUUAAAUCAGGACGACUUUGUUGUCGACGACAAUGGCGAAGGCUACGCAGAUGAUGGCCGCGAAGACUGGGAUCGAGUACAGGCCUAUGGUUCAGAAAGCGAAGAAGAGGCCACCCUCCGUGGCCGACCCAGUAAGACUGCGAAGAAGAAUCGUCAGGAGGAGCAAGCCAAGCGAGCGGCCACUGACAAAGAUAUCAGUGAAUACUUCAAUGGCGCCAACAGGGCCCAGCCAAAACCCAAGGUCGUUAAGACAAAAGAGGACGACGACUUCCUUUCAAACCUCCUCGGCGAGGUCGACAACAACAUUCCUGCCCCUGCUCCCCAUACCUCAAGAGUCGAAAGAUCUGGCGGUCGUCGCAAGGCUAGGGCCCUUUCACCUGCUCCCGAGCCUGUGCCCAAAAAGACCAAGACCCUCGAUACCCGGCUACCGUCCCCUCUCCCUCCAGCCCCUGAUGAUGAUGGCUUCUUUCCCUCCGCCGACGAUGACAUCCUCGAGACUGCCGAUGUCCCCAUGAGCGAUCCUGCACCCUCCUCUCCAGCCGCAAAGGUAGCGCAGAGAAAGGCACAGAUUAAGCAGGAACCAAAGGAAGACGACGACGACGAAGACAUGAUGGAGGUUGCGCAUGCUGGAACCAUCGCCACAACCAGUGUCAAUCUAGCAAGUUCAAGGCCGAUCAAGAAAAUUCAGAAAGCAGAAUCCUAUCCCACACCUGCCAGCUCCUCUCCUGUUAAACCCAACGGCGCUCAAGUCGACUCAGCUUCAUGGAAUGCCCUCACAGAGAGGCUGAACGUCGUCACAAGUUCGCCUGCAGAAACAAAGACAAUAGGCAAAAUUGACUACAAGGAGGCGAUCGAGGAAGACGGCAGUCUCAACUUCUUCUGGACAGACUACACUGAGGUCAACGGCAGUCUGUGUCUCUUUGGCAAAGUUCUCAACAAGAAGACGCGAUCAUACGUCAGCUGCUUUGUGAAAGUAGACAACAUCUUGAGAAAGCUCUAUUUCUUGCCGCGCCAACACCGCUUGCAAGAUGGCGAAGAGACAGGCGAAGAAGUCGAGAUGAUGAACGUGUAUGACGAGAUUGACACCAUGAUGACCAAGAUGAAUGUUGGCAUGUACAAGAUCAAGGCCUGUACCAGGAAAUAUGCCUUUGAGCUCCGUGAUGUCCCCAAGGAAGCACAGUAUAUGAAACUUCUCUACCCAUACAACAAGCCUGAAGUCGACCCCAACAGACCCGGUGAGACAUAUUCUCACGUCUUUGGUAGCAACACUGCUCUUUUUGAACAGUUCGUUCUCUGGAAGAAUAUCAUGGGCCCAUGCUGGCUGAAGAUUGAGGAUGCCGAUUUUGACAAGCUCAAGAAUGCUUCCCACUGCAAGCUUGAGGUUUUGGCCGAUCACCCCAACAUGGUUUCUGUUCUUAGCGAGUCUGACAACCUGGAUGCACCCCCCCUGACUCUUAUGAGUGUCUCAUUACGGACUGCCUUCAAUGAGAAGGAUAACAAGCAAGAGAUUCUGGCUAUUAGUGCAAGAAUCUACGAGAAGGUAUCCCUCAGUGACACAACUCCUGCAGAAAAGCUGCCCUGUCGAACCUUUACGGUGAUCCGGCCGCAUGGCCAGGCGUUCCCUAUGGGCUUCGAUCACCUUGCAAAGAAAAGGAAUCGUGGCUUGAUUGUGCUGAAGAAGCAAGAAGCCGAUAUCCUCGCCUUCUUCUUGGCCCAACUUGAUGUUGCGGAUCCAGAUGUAAUUCUGGGACACCAAUUGGAGGGUGUAGACUACAGUGUGCUCCUCAACCGCCUGUAUGAAAAGAAAAUACCCGGAUGGUCCAGGCUAGGCAGACUCCGUCGCAGUCAGUGGCCAUCGUCAAUCGGCAAGACUGGUGGUAAUGUUUUUGCUGAACGCCAGAUCUUGUCAGGACGUCUGCUAUGCGAUCUUGCCAACGAUGCUGGAAAGUCCGUCAUGUUCAAGUGUCAGUCAUGGAGCCUGACAGAGAUGUGCAGUUUGUACCUCUCUGGAGAUAACCGGCGCCGCGAUUUUGACAAUGAGGUUGCCCUGAAGACGUGGGCCAGGGAGAAGCAGGGACUUCUCGACUACAUCACCCAUAUGGAGGCCGAUACACACUACAUUGCAGCCCUGGCCCUGGGUGUUCAGAUGUUGCCACUGACUAAGGUUCUCACCAAUCUGGCGGGUAACUCUUGGGCUCGAACCCUGACCGGCACGCGUGCAGAGCGGAACGAGUACAUUUUGCUACACGAGUUCUAUCGCAACAAGUACAUCUGCCCUGACAAGCAGACUUUUCGCAGUCGCCAGCGUGCUGAAGAGGCACAGCGUGAAGAAGAGGCGGUUGAGGGGAAGAAGAAGGACAAGUACAAGGGUGGCUUGGUUUUCGAGCCAGAGAAAGGUCUGUAUGAUAAGUUUGUGCUUGUCAUGGACUUUAAUUCCCUGUAUCCCUCUAUUAUUCAGGAGUUCAACAUCUGCUUUACAACUGUCGAUAGACCAGCCACAAACGGUGAAGAAGAUGAAGUUCCCGAAGUCCCAAUCAACCAGGAUCAAGGUAUCCUACCUAGGCUCAUUGCUACUCUCGUUAGUCGCCGUCGACAAGUCAAGAGCCUCAUGAAGGACAAGAAGGCCACCCCAGAGGAGCUGGCUACAUGGGACAUCAAGCAGCUUGCGCUCAAGCUCACUGCCAACUCCAUGUACGGAUGUUUGGGUUAUACCAAGUCACGCUUCUACGCUCGACCUCUGGCUGUUUUGACAACUUUCAAGGGCCGAGAGAUUCUCCGCAGCACCAAGGAGCUGGCCGAGAGCAACUCACUGCAGGUUAUCUAUGGUGAUACUGAUUCCGUCAUGAUCAAUGCUAACGUGGAUAAUGUUGCCGAUGCGUUCAAGGUUGGUAAUGAUUUCAAGAAAGCAGUCAACGAGCAGUACAAGCUGCUUGAGAUCGAUAUUGACAACGUCUUUCGCCGUAUUCUUCUUCAAGCGAAAAAGAAGUAUGCUGCUAUCAACCUUGUAGAGAAGGAUGGGAAGUUCAUCGAGAAGAUGGAAGUCAAGGGUCUUGACAUGAAGCGUCGAGAAUACUGUGCUCUGUCCAAGGAGAUCUCCCAACACCUUCUUAACGAGAUUCUGUCGGGUGACGACACCGAAGUCUCAAUCGCCCGAAUCCAUGAGUACUUGAGCGAUAUUGCUGGCAAGAUGCGUGAACAGACUAUUCCUGUUCAGAAGUACAUCAUCCAUACACAGCUUGGAAAAGCACCCAACGACUACCCUGACUCCAACUCCAUGCCUCAGGUCCAAGUCGCUCUCCGUGAAAUGGCCAAAGGCAAGACAGUUCGCAAGGGAGAUGUUAUCGCGUACGUGAUUACGGGCGACAGCAAGAGCUCCGAGCCUGCUCCCAAACGAGCCUACACUCCUGGUGAUCUCAAGGCAGAUCCUACUCUACUGCCUGACGUUGAGUGGUAUAUUGGCAAGCAGAUCUUCCCCCCUGUCGAGCGUCUCUGUGCCAAUAUUGUUGGAACAUCAACAUCACAACUGGCAGAGCACCUUGGUCUAGAUAUCAAGCGCUACAGCUCAUUCCAGACUCAGCAGAACAGCUCAAGCAACGACCUCGAGAUCUACCCCUUGGACUCUCAGAUUCCAGAUGAGGUCCGCUUCGGUGAUUGUGCUCGCCUCUCUUUGCGUUGCCGCAAGUGCAAAACCCCGUUCGCGUUCGAAGGCUUGGCUACGUCCCCCAAUCAUGUGUCCCAAUCCGGUGUUAUCUGCGGCUCGUGUGGUAGUUCCAUCUCAACACUCUCUGUCGUGGCCCAGAUGGAGCACGCCAUCCGCACUCAAACAAGCCGGUACUACGAGGGCUGGCUGGUCUGUGAUGAUAGCCAGUGCGGCAAUCGAACACGGCAAAUGAGUGUUUAUGGUUCUCGUUGCCUUGGUCCUAAGGGACUUGCGCGAGAUUGUCUUGGUCGAAUGCGUUACGAAUACACAGAAAAGGCUAUCUACACUCAGCUUCUCUACUUCGCCAGCCUGUGGGAUGUCGACAAGGCCAAGGCCAAGGCCACGAGCACUGAGAUGUCCAGGCAAGAUCGGGAGAAUAUCCUUGCAUUGGCUGAGCAUAACCGCGUACGCUUCGGAAAUGUGAAGGGUAUUGUUGACAAGUAUCUCGAUAAGUGUGGUCGGCAAUGGGUAGCCAUGGAUACUCUGUUCACCAAGCUGGGCUUCAAGCCAAUGGCAUGAGUUGGUUAGGGAUGCGGAAGGACAUUUAUGGGUAUACUGUGAAACGUUCAUGUAUAUUUGGGUCAGCGGCGUCCUGAGGAUUAUAUAUUUACGUGGGUUGGGUUUGUUGAGGAUUAUCAAAGAGGACAACAGCUUCACAUGCCAGUAAUGAAGGGUUUCGGCAUGCACAAGAGUAAGCGAGUCUUGGUGGUGUUUGGGAGUUUGAUGAGAGCGAAGCCUGCCGAGUGCUCUACUACCUACCAAGUUACAAUAUUUUAAAAUAAGACAGUUUUCCUAUGGUCGUCCGUUAUCAAGACAUCUUCUUCCCUGUGUUCAACAUUCACUUAUUUACUAUUCACGAGUAAGAGGCAGC